AUGAGCGAACACAUUCAAGAACUUGCUAAAAAGAUGUGCACUCGUUGCUAUUGCAACAAGACGAUUGAUAACUUUCUUCGCGCUUCUGAAGAUAACAGUGCAUACAAAGAUAAUGAUACAUGCAACCAAUGUGCCGAAAAGAAGAAAAGUAAACGGCAAGAAAAUCUAAUAGUAUCAAAAAAAACAAAAAGGGAAACAGUUCAAACCAGCAAUGCUACUUCUAAUGAUCCUGGCAUAACUACCUCGACCAAUGUUGAUGUAAUCGUCCCGAAUGUUUCCAAUAUCGCUUCUGAUAAUUUUAGUAGUGCUAUGUUUGACAACUCUGCUACUAUUACUCCUGAAGUUUCUAAUAUCACUAUAGAUGAUUUUAGUAGCAUUAUCUCUAAUAAUUCUAACACAAUUAUCCCAAAUGAUUCCAGUAGCAGCCUUUAUGAUGAAAGCGAGCAUGACGUCCAAAGUGAUACUAAUUUAGAGGUAAUGAUGUAUGACCUGGACGAAUUGAAUGAAAUCAUCACCAAAAAGUUUGAAGAUGCUGAAAUAUUCGAUGAUCCUGUAAAUCUUGCCCUUGAAGUCGAGUUAAGUCAAGACCUUCUUUCCGAAUUUUCCUUAGAUCAACAAAGUUUAGCCAAUAUAACUGAUCUAAAAGCAAUUGAAAUGAGGUUUAGACACCUUGCAUCCCUACUUACUAUACCACUUGAAUCUGGAUCAGGUUAUUAUUGGGAAAUUCGAAAAAUAUAUUUAAACAGUAAAAAUAAAAAAUUUUCUGGUUCAGCCACGGCAUAUCUCGGUU